AUGCAAUUGUGGCACCUGUCUGCAAGAGGAAAAAAGCUGCGAUUUGUUGACAUGGCUGUUGAGGCGAACAGCGUGGCCCUCCUGCAGUUUCUAAAGAAAAUAGAACUGAUAAAACAGGGUGCAGAAGCUCGUGUAUAUCGGGGGCCGUUUUUGGGCAGGCCGACCAUUGUUAAAGAAAGGUUUCCUAAAUUGUAUAGGCACCCGCUGCUGGAUGAAAAACUCACACAUCGCAGAACCGUGCAAGAGGUGCGCUCAAUACUUCGCUGUCGAAAAGCUGGUGAGUGACUGCUGGGGUUCUAAUCAUGGUUUCAAAUCAUGAAAUUAAUCGAAGUUGCAGAGCUGCACCUACCCCUGAGCUUUAUUAGUGUCUAAUAUUUCUCUAUCUCUCUCCCUCUAGGCAUAUCUGCACCAGUCAUCUACUUUGUAGACUACACCUCCCACUGCAUCUUUUUUGAAGACAUUGUGGGCUCCAUCACCGUCAGAGACCACAUCGCCUCCACGCAGCUCUCCUCCACCCAGAAAAGCCCAGAGGAACGUCUGGACCAGCUCGCUAAGAAGAUGGGUCAGAUUCUGGCCAAAAUGCAUGACGAGGAUGUCGUCCAUGGAGACUUGACCACGUCCAACAUGCUGCUGAAGGCUGGCGCUCAGAGUGGCGAGACGGAGCUGGUCCUCAUUGACUUUGGCCUGAGCUACAUAUCGGCCUUGCCCGAGGACAAGGGAGUGGACAUGUACGUGCUGGAGAAAGCUUUCCUGAGCACCCACCCCAACACAGAUGUUCUAUUCGAGAAGCUGCUGAAGGCCUACGCAGCCUCGUCCAAGAAGUCCCACGCCGUUAUCAAAAAACUUGACGAAGUUCGGUUGAGAGGGAGAAAGAGGUCGAUGGUUGGUUAAAGGGAACCUAUGAGAUCGUUUGUGACAAUGCAUUUACAAGGACAUGGCCCGUUUGGCACUGAUUUGUUAAAUGUUCUAUUUGAUAUUUAGAUGGAAGCAUAUAGGCAUAGAUAGUGGAGAGGCUGUCGGUGUGACAAUGUUACUACAAAUAUUUGUUUUUGAAAUAAAACACCUUUGGCUUUAUUGGUUUGUCUUUUUUCUUAACAUAAUAAUAUACGCUAUUUAGCAGACGCUUUCAUCCGAAGUGACUCACAGUCAUGCAUUCUAAGUAUGGGUGGUCCCCGGAAUCGAAUCCACUAUUCUGGUGUUGCAAGCUCUAUGCUCUACCAACUGAGCUACAGAGGACCACUUUACAUUUUAGUCAUUUAGCAGACGCUCUUAUCCAGAGCGACUUACAGUUAGUGAGUGCAUACAUUUUUUAAAUUUAUUUUAAAUUUUUUAUACUGGCCCCCCGUGGGAAUUGAACCCACAACCCUGGCGUUGCAAACUGGUUAAUUCAAUGUGAUGAGAAUCUAGAAUGGGGUUCUUCAUUCUGCCCCACACGAUGUGCCCGCAGGCAAUGAUUUCUCAAUCCCAUUUCUAUUGUGCCUUUUUGAUGGCCCACAAUCAUAUUUACUGUUAUGUAAGGAAGGCCUUACUUGGGAUAUUUGAUGAGCUUUCCUGUUUCAAUUGGAGCUGGGAAAUCACAUGACUGAGAUAGGCAUGUAAAUGUUUACUUUCAGAAUUUCUCUCCAGUCCUGCCACGGUAAAAAUCCCAACCAAAGGUGAAUCCCAAUGAAUAGCAGCUGGGAUAUUAACAAUGUCAUCACAAUUAUGCUCAUCCUUUUGGAUUGUAAAGGUACAGAGGAAAAACACUCAGUAUUUUGAUUGUCUUUGUAUUUUCACCAGGGUUUUCUUAGAAGUAUUGGGACAAAGGUCAGUCAGCCCUAAAAGCAAACAACAGUACUUGUCUUGGCUACGAAACAAGUUCAGUUUUCAGUUUUUAUUAUUGUUGUAUUACUAAAUGUAUGCGAAGACAUCCUACAGUAGCUGUUUAUGCUUUGCAUGUUUUUUUUAUGGGGAUAUCUUAAAAUACCUGCAAGAUACAUGCUGCAGUCUCACGUGCAAAAUAGAGAGGUCACUUUUCAAAUACUGCAGCAAGGCACUUAAACUCCAUCCCAAACUAUCAUUCCAAUGCAGAAAGAUAUAACCCAAAGUGGUUUGUGUUUUGGACUUUGUAGGUGCAAUGGCAGAGCCUACAAAGAAGUUAACCAUCUUAGCUGGCACUGACGUUACCCUAUACUGUCCUUUUAUCAAGCUGGACCAUGUACUGCUGAAGAAGAUCACAGUUGAGUGGGGGAUCAUGGUGGAUAAAGACACCAUAAAGUGCCUGGUGUAUACAUUCCAGAAUGAGACUGCUAAGGUUCAUGGUGAAGGUUCUCAGGUGGACCAAAUGGGGUUGCUUCAGGGCAAUGCCUCCCUUCAUCUGUUGAAUGUGACUGUGGCUGACGAGGGACUCUACCACUGCAGAGUGAUCAUCGAUCCCAACACGUGCAAAUUCUCCUCUCAGCUGGAAGUGUCAGGUGCUGUCUGACAAGCUGUGUUUGCCCGUUCUUUUGUACAUUUGAUGACCAUUAAUAAUUUGGACCAGUGACAAAUAGCACCUCUAUACACCUCUGCAAUGCUAUUGAUAUUGCUGUGAGAGUAAGUGGAAUUGCUCAGAAUAGGCCUACAGUAUUAUCCUAAUUAGUGUGUCUUGCAUAUACAAAAAGUUGUUUAGGUAAGGCUUUAUCUUACAUUCACAGUUGCCUGAUUUACACCAUAGGGCUGAACCAUACUGUGUUUCUCAUUUUCACAUGAUCCUUUCCAGCACUGUUCCAGCAGCUAUGUCGAAUGCACAACCACGCUAGACCAGCUCAGCUCAGCUCGGCUCGGCUCAGUAGUUUGAAAAUGGUAAGUGAGUGAAAUAAAUUGAGUAUUUUCUCCAUCUUUUCCCUACAGCCAGAUCCUCAAUGUCCCUCUCAGAGACUGCCACGUUAAUUGGGUGGGGGGACGGGGGGACGUUAAUGUGUGACAUCACAGGAUUCUACCUAGAGAAGCUGGCAGUGACCGGGUUGAUCCAAAAUGGCUCCCGGGAGCAUAGCCCGCAGGGCCCUCUCACAAUACAUGUGUACCAGAAUGGCUGUGUCCAAUCCAGACGGCAUCUACAGUGUGAGCAGUCAAAUCAAUGUCCAGGCUCCCCAGGGAGCGGAGGAGCCAUUGACAGUGCAUUCGGAAAGUAUUCAGAACCCUUUACUUUUUCCACAUUUCGUUACAUGACAGCCUUAUUCUAAAAUGGAUUAAAUAGUUUUUUCCCCCCCUCAUCAAUCUAUACACAAUACCCCAUAAUGACAAAGCAAAAACUGGUUUUUAGAAAUGUUAGCAAAUGUAUAAAAAAUAAAUUAAAAAAAGAUCACAUUUACAUAAGUAUUCAGACCCUUUACUCAGUAAUUGUUGAAGCACCUUUGGCACCAAUUACAGCCUCGAGUCUUCUAGGGUAUGACGCUACAAGCUUGGCACACCUGUAUUUGGGGGGUUUCUCCCAUUCUUCUCUGCAGAUCCUCUCAAGCUCUUGGAUGGGGAGCGUCGCUGCACAGCUAUUAUCAGGUCUCUCCAGAGAUGUUAGAUCGGGUUCAAGUCCGGGCUCUGGCUGGGCCACUCAAGGACAUUCAGAGACUUGUCCCAAAGCCACUCCUGCAUUGUCUUGGCUGUGUGCUUAGAGUCGUUGUCCUGUUGGAAGGUGAACCUUCGCCCCUGUCUGAGGUCCUGAGCGCUCUGGAGCAGGUCAAGGAUCUCUCUGUACUUUGCUCCGUUCAUCUUUCCCUUGAUCCUGACUAGUCUCCCAGUCCCUGCCGCUGAAAAACAUCCCCACAGCAUAAUGCUGCCACCACCAUGAUUCACCGUAGGGAUGGUGCCAGGUUUUCUCCAGACGUGACCCUUGGCAUUCAGGCCAAAUAGUUCAAUCUUAGUUUUAUCAGACCAGAGAAUCUUGUUUCUCAUGGUCUGAGCGUCCUUUAGGUGCUUUUUGGCAAACUCCAAGCGGGCUGUCAUGAGCCUUUUAACUGUGGGACCUUAUAUAGACAGGUGUGUGCCUUUCCAAAUUAUAUCCAAUCAAUUGAAUUUACCACAGGUGGACUCCAAUCAAGUUGUAGAAACAUCUCAAGGAUGAUCAAUGGAAACAGGAUGCACCUGAGCACAAUUUUGUGUCUCAUAAAAAAGGGUCUGAAUACUUAAGUCAUUUCUGUUUUUUAUUUGUAAUACAUUUGCAAAAAUGUCUAAAUGUUUCUGCUUUGUCAUUAUGGGGUAUUGUGUGUAGAUUGAUGAAGAAGUGUUUUUCUUUAAUCCAUUUUAGAAUAAGGCUGUAACGUAACAAAAUGUGGAAAGAGUCAAGGGGUCUGAAUACUUUCCGAAUGCACUGUACACCUCUCACAUCACACACAGGUCCUACCCUAUGGGAACUACAGCAAAAGUGUAUUGUUGACCGUGUAAGAUGGGAAGCCAACACACCACUCUCCUAUGAGCUUUAUUCUGGGAUUAAUGACAAAUAGUGCAUUUCGUCAGGUAAUCAACAUAUGAAGAGUUUAUUUCCAAAAUGCUAUAUAUCCACAAUUCUUUCAUAUUUGUGUUUUUUCAUCAGAAAUUAAUGCUUGCUUAUGGGUACCUUUCUGUGUGUGUAAAAUAUGAAUGUCCGCAGAUUUUUUAGUAAUAGAUUUUAGAUGAGUAUUACAAUUGGUUUGUUGCAAAACGCUAUAUACAGUGGGGAAAAAAAGUAUUUAGUCAGCCACCAAUUGUGCAAGUUCUCCCACUUAAAAAGAUGAGAGAGGCCUGUAAUUUUCAUCAUAGGUACACGUCAACUAUGACAGACAAAUUGAGAAAAAAAAAUCCAGAAAAUCACAUUGUAGGAUUUUUUAUGAAUUUAUUUGCAAAUUAUGGUGGAAAAUAAGUAUUUGGUCACCUACAAACAAGCAAGAUUUCUGGCUCUCACAGACCUGUAACUUCUUCUUUAAGAGGCUCCUCUGUCCUCCACUCGUUACCUGUAUUAAUGGCACCUGUUUGAACUUGUUAUCAGUAUAAAAGACACCUGUCCACAACCUCAAACAGUCACACUCCAAACUCCACUAUGGCCAAGACCAAAGAGCUGUCAAAGGACACCAGAAACACGUUUGUAGACCUGCACCAGGCUGGGAAGACUGAAUCUGCAAUAGGUAAGCAGCUUGGUUUGAAGAAAUCAACUGUGGGAGCAAUUAUUAGGAAAUGGAAGACAUACAAGACCACUGAUAAUCUACCUCGAUCUGGGGCUCCACGCAAGAUCUCACCCCGUGGGGUCAAAAUGAUCACAAGAACGGUGAGCAAAAAUCCCAGAACCACACGGGGGGACCUAGUGAAUGACCUGCAGAGAGCUGGGACCAAAGUAACAAAGCCUACCAUCAGUAACACACUACGCCGCCAGGGACUUAAAUCCUGCAGUGCCAGACGUGUCCCCCUGCUUACGCCAGGCCCGUCUGAAGUUUGCUAGAGUGCAUUUGGAUGAUCCAGAAGAGGAUUGGGAGAAUGUCAUAUGGUCAGAUGAAACCAAAAUAGAACUUUUUGGUAAAAACUCAACUCGUCGUGUUUGGAGGACAAAGAAUGCUGAGUUGCAUCCAAAGAACACCAUACCUACUGUGAAGCAUGGGGGUGGAAACAUCAUGCUUUGGGGCUGUUUUUCUGCAAAGAGACCAGGACGACUGAUCCGUGUAAAGGAAAGAAUGAAUGGGGCCAUGUAUCGUGAGAUUUUGAGUGAAAACCUCCUUCCAUCAGCAAGGGCAUUGAAGAUGAAACGUGGCUGGGUCUUUCAGCAUGACAAUGAUCCCAAACACACCGCCCGGGCAACGAAGGAGUGGCUUCGUAAGAAGCAUUUCAAGGUCCUGGAGUGGCCUAGCCAGUCUCCAGAUCUCAACCCCAUAGAAAAUCUUUGGGGGGAGUUGAAAGUCCGUGUUGCCCAGCGACAGCCCCAAAACAUCACUGCUCUAGAGGAGAUCUGCAUGGAGGAAUGGGCCAAAAUACCAGCAACAGUGUGUGAAAACCUUGUGAAGACUUACAGAAAACGUUUGACCUGUGUCAUUGCCAACAAAGGGUAUAUAACAAAGUAUUGAGAAACUUUUGUUAUUGACCAAAUACUUAUUUUCCACCAUAAUUUGCAAAUAAAUUCAUUAAAAAUCCUACAAUGUGAUUUUCUGGAAUUUCUUUUCUGAUUUUGUCUGUCAUAGUUGACGUGUACCUAUGAUGAAAAUUACAGGCCUCUCUCAUCUUUUUAAGUGGGAGAACAUGCACAAUGGGUGGCUGACUAAAUACUUUUUUUUCCCACUGUAUCCAUUGUUUAGCUAGAAUGGAAUGUUUGUAUGAGUCUAGCCUCAUGCUAUAGUGUUUGGUUAGAGUUAGGUCUCAUCCCAAAUUAAACCCUAUUCUCCAUAGUUCACCAAUUUUGACCAGAGCCCAGAUCUCAUAUUACUGUAUUGAUCAUUUAAAAAAUAUUUUUCUAAAUAUCGAUGUCACAAAUGUAUAAUUUGUACAGUUCUUUAUAAAAAAUGUAAUUAUUUGUCACAUUUGACUGUGUAAAACCUUGCAAUGCUACUUUUUUCUAUGAAAGUGAGGUGGAUAUACAGUGGGGAGAACAAGUAUUUGAUACACUGCCGAUCCAGAAAAUCACAUUGUAUGAUUUUUAAGUAAUUAAUUUGCAUUUUAUUGCAUGACAUAAGUAUUUGAUACAUCAGAAAAGCAGAACUUAAUAUUUGGUACAGAAAACUUUGUUUGCAAUUACAGAGAUCAUACGUUUCCUGUAGGUUUUGACCAGGUUUGCACACACUGCAGCAGGGAUUUUGGCCCACUCCUCCAUACAGACCUCUCCAGAUCCUUCAGGUUUCAGGACUGUCGCUGGUCAAUACGGACUUUCAGCUCCCUCCAAAGAUUUUCUAUUGGGUUCAGGUCUGGAGACUGGCUAGGCCACUCCAGGACCUUGAGAUGCUUCUUACGGAGCCACAACUUAGUUGCCCUGGCUGUGUGUUUCGGGUCAUUGUCAUGCUGGAAGACCCAGCCACGACCCAUCUUCAAUGCUCUUACUGAGGGAAGGAGGUUGUUGGCCAAGAUCUCGCAAUACACGGCCCCAUCCAUCCUCCCCUCAAUACGGUGCAGUCGUCCUGUCCCCUUUGCAGAAAAGCAUCCCCAAAGAAUGAUGUUUCCACCUCCAUGCUUCACGGUUGGGAUGGUGUUCUUGGGGUUGUACUCAUCCUUCUUCUUCCUCCAAACACGGCGAGUGGAGUUUAGACCAAAAAGCUCUAUUUUUGUCUCAUCAGACCACAUGACCUUCUCCCAUUCCUCCUCUGGAUCAUCCAGAUGGUCAUUGGCAAACUUCAGACGGGCCUGGACAUGCGCUGGCUUGAGCAGGGGGACCUUGCGUGCGCUGCAGGAUUUUAAUCCAUGACGGCGUAGUGUGUUACUAAUGGUUUUCUUUGAGACUGUGGUCCCAGCUCUCUUCAGGUUAUUGACCAGGUCCUGCCGUGUAGUUAUGGGCUGAUCCCUCACCUUCCUCAUGAUCAUUGAUGAGGUGACGAGGUGAGAUCUUGCAUGGAGCCCCAGACCGAGGGUGAUUGACCGUCAUCUUGAACUUCUUCCAUUUUCUAAUAAUUGCGCCAACAGUUGUUGUCUUCUCACCAAGCUGCUUGCCUAUUGUCCUGUAGCCCAUCCCAGCCUUGUGCAGGUCUACAAUUUUAUCCCUGAUGUCCUUACACAGCUCUCUGGUCUUGGCCAUUGUGGAGAGGUUGGAGUCUGUUUGAUUGAGUGUGUGGACAGGUGUCUUUUAUACAGGUAACGAGUGGAGAACAGGAGGGCUUCUUAAAGAAAAACUAACAGGUCUGUGAGAGCCGGAAUUCUUACUGGUUGGUAGGUGAUCAAGUACUUAUGUCAUGCAAUAAAAUGCAAAUUAAUUACUUAAAAAUCAUACAAUGUGAUUUUCUGGAUUUUUGUUUUAGAUUCCGUCUCUCACAGUUGAAGUGUACCUAUGAUAAAUAUUACAGACCUCUACAUGCUUUGUAAGUAGGAAAACCUGCAAAAUCGGCAGUGUAUCAAAAUACUUGUUCUCCCCACUGUAUCUCGUUUUGCCACAAAAUUUGAUUGUUUGUCACUCUGAAAUGAAACCAUAUAGUGAUAAGUUUCAGACAAAUGUAUGUCUGUCAUUCAACUCUUUCAUAAGUUCUUUAAACAAAAAAAAGCUAAAUAUAGCGUUUUGGAAUGAAACACUUCAAUAAGCUUAUAACUCCUCUCUCUCUCUCAUCAGCUCCAAAAGAACCAAUGUUGUAACACUGGUGGCAGUUACCAGUGUUAAUAUUGUUCUUCUCUGUCAUUGGUGGUGUAUUGGUCCUCUACAGGUAUUUUCACACAGGUACGUUUACAUCCAAGAAGUGAUUAGUAGUAGGUUCAGGUUAGUUUGUGCUGGGGUGAAACAAAAGCCUGCACACUUUGCAGCAUGGUGACUACCGAUGUAAAAGAGUAUGUGAAAUGGUACAAGAAAACAGCCAAUAGGGACUGUUCUGCAGUCUCUAACAGCCACUCAAUGGUGCUGUUAUGGAGCCACGAGGACCUGAGUGACCAGGCUGACAUCCACUCUGAAGGCAUGUACCACCCUGUCCAUAUGCCUGUCUGUCAGUGAGGACCAAGCUAAGUACCAGUGUGUUGUCCUGUACAGAGGCAGGAAGAUCACCAGAGAGACCACUGUGAGUGUAAAAGGUAAUGAUAUAAUGGAAUGGAAUAAUAAUAAACAUGUAUAGGGGGAAGGGGAAACCUAGUCAGUUGCACAACGGAAUGCAUUCAUCUGAAAUGUGUCUUCUGCAUUUAACCCAACCCCUCUGAAUCAGAGAGGUGUGGGGGGCUAAGGUAAUGGAACCAGUGCAGUCAUGCUGAACUGUUCUGUGGUCAAAGUCAGUUAGUAGUCCAGGCUUGAAGUGGGCCUUGAGAGCAAUAUAAAUGAGUUGACAUAUUAAUAUUCAUAUUGCUCCUCAUCAAUCGAGUAGAAUUGAAGACACUGUCAUUCUUAAAGCACAACCAACAUUGGUAACAAAGUCCAGCCAACUGAAUCUGUGCCAUUAUCUAGAAAUGUGUCACUUUUGACUUUGAAUUAACACACUCUUUUCACUUUCCCCAGUGGAUCCAUCAUUCUUUCACAUCUCCAUCAUCCCUCAGAUCUCAAAUGUGGAGAAUUUGCUGGUGCUAUGCUGUUGGGUCGAGAAGUUCUACCCGGACAAAGUCCAUCUCGAGUGGUUGAGAAACGAUGGGGAGCAGGUGUACAGCGUGUGGAGUAAAGUCGAGCUGACCAUGGCUCAGGAGGACGAGAGGGCGGUCUACACGUGCCGCGUGUAUCACUCCAGUUUCCCUGGGCCAGUAUACUAA